CUUCCAAUAUAAAACUUAGUUAUUGUCUUCACUCUCUCUUACAACUCCUCUCUCUCAUCUCUCUAGUUUUCUGCCACUGCAUACAUUUUAGAGCCAUGGCACUCUCUUCUCCAACCUUCAUCCUUAACCAGUCUUCAUUCUUGAAAUCUCCAAAAUUGCUAAUCCCCAGUUCAACUAAACAGUUAUGCUUAAGAUCAUCUGCUGGAAAACCAACAGAUCAUGGUGAUGAAGAAGGGAAAAUAAUGAUCAGAAAGGAGAUUGAUGGGUGGAAAAUUGAUUUUUCCAAGGAAAAACCAGUGACUCCAUUGUUGGACACAGUCAAUUAUCCUGUUCAUAUGAAGAAUCUUUCUACACAGGAUCUUGAACAACUAGCAGCAGAACUUAGAGCAGAUAUUAUAUACGGUGUGUCUAACACAGGAGGCCAUUUAAGUUCAAGCUUAGGAGUUGUCGAGCUUUCGGUGGCUAUGCAUCAUGUCUUCAAUGCCCCUGAUGACAAAAUCAUAUGGGAUGUCGGUCAUCAGGCGUAUGCGCAUAAAAUUCUAACGGGAAGAAGAUCUAAGAUGCAUACUAUAAGAAAAACUUCAGGGCUUGCUGGAUUUCCUAAAAGAGAAGAGAGUGUUUAUGAUGCUUUUGGUGCUGGACAUAGUUCUACAAGUAUUUCUGCUGGUCUUGGAAUGGCAGUAGCAAGAGAUCUAUUAGGGAAGAAGAACAAUGUAAUCUCAGUAAUUGGAGAUGGAGCCAUGACAGCAGGACAAGCAUAUGAAGCAAUGAACAAUGCAGGUUACCUUGAUGCUAAUCUUAUUGUCAUAUUGAAUGACAAUAAGCAGGUCUCUUUACCCACUGCCACUCUUGAUGGCCCUGCAACUCCAGUUGGAGCCCUUAGCAGUGCUUUAACCAAGAUUCAAGCCAGCACCAAGUUCCGAAAGCUUCGAGAAGCCGCAAAAAACAUUACCAAACAAAUCGGGGGCUCGACGCAUCAAGUUGCAGCGAAGGUGGAUGAAUAUGCUCGAGGAAUGAUCAGUGCUUCUGGUUCUACUCUCUUUGAGGAGUUAGGAUUAUAUUACAUUGGUCCUGUGGAUGGACACAACAUGGAAGAUUUAGUCACUAUUUUUCAGAAAGUUAAAGCAAUGCCUGCUCCAGGUCCAGUUCUGAUUCACAUUGUGACAGAGAAAGGCAAAGGAUAUCCUCCGGCUGAGGCUGCAGCAGAUAAAAUGCACGGUGUAGUUAAGUUUGACGUUGAAACAGGGAAGCAAUUCAAGCAAAAAGCCGCCACACUUUCGUAUACACAGUACUUUGCUGAAGCUUUGAUCAAAGAAGCUGAAGUAGACAAUAAGAUUGUAGCUAUUCAUGCUGCAAUGGGUGGAGGGACAGGUCUCAAUUACUUCCAGAAGAAGUUUCCAGAUCGCUGCUUUGACGUAGGCAUCGCGGAGCAACACGCUGUCACAUUUGCAGCCGGUUUAGCUACAGAAGGACUCAAGCCAUUCUGUGCUAUUUACUCAUCAUUCCUGCAACGCGGAUAUGAUCAGGUGGUACAUGAUGUCGACCUUCAAAAAUUACCAGUCAGAUUUGCCAUGGAUCGAGCUGGUUUAGUCGGUGCAGAUGGACCUACACAUUGCGGAGCAUUUGAUAUCACAUUCAUGGCUUGCUUGCCCAACAUGGUGGUCAUGGCUCCAUCUGAUGAAGCUGAGCUGAUGCACAUGGUUGCCACCGCAGCAGCCAUAGAUGACAGACCUAGCUGCUUCAGGUUCCCAAGGGGAAACGGAAUUGGAGCAGUUCUUCCUCCUGAUAAUAAAGGAACUGCACUUGAGAUCGGAAAGGGAAGAAUACUGAUGGAAGGCAACAGAGUUGCAAUUUUAGGAUAUGGUUCCAUAGUUCAAGAAUGUGUUCAAGCUGGAAUCAUGCUUAAAGCUAGAGACUUCCCUGUAACAGUAGCUGAUGCAAGAUUUUGCAAACCUUUAGAUACGGAUCUUAUCAGACGAUUGGCGACAGAACAUGAAAUCCUGAUCACAGUGGAAGAGGGUUCAAUUGGAGGUUUCUGCUCCCAUAUUUCCCACUUCCUGAGCUUAAGUGGUAUCCUGGAUGGACCCCUGAAGCUGAGAUCAAUGGUCCUUCCUGACAGAUAUAUUGACCAUGGAUCGCCUCAAGAUCAGAUGCAAGAAGCAGGGCUCUCCUCAAACCAUAUUGCUGCAACAGUCAUGACUCUCUUGGGAAAGCCUAAGGAAGCUCUUCAGUUCAAAUAGAGAGAAAAAGAAUACAACAAAACUUGUGUAAUGUGUCUCAGGAUUAGCAAUAGCCAUGCAUAUCAUUGUAAGAUGAGAAGUUCAAGCUUGCAAAACUAAAACGAAACUUGGAAAUUCCAUAUUUGCAUUAUUAGUGUACAAAAGUUCAAAUAUGAUGACUCUUUAUUAA